AUGGCCCCGGACGCCUCGUCGCCGUCUUCUUCCUCACCCGCCGCCGCCGCCGCCGCCGCUAGAAGGAUCCACGCCACCGCGCAGCAGCUCGCGGCGGGCCCGGCCUCCGCGGCCGCCAGCUACCCCGUGUCGCACGACAAGCUGCAGACGGUCCGGGACACGCCGUACUUUGUGGACAACGCGUUUGUCGCCUCCACGACGGACCGCUUCAUCGACCUGCACGACCCGGCCACCAACUACCUGGUCACGCGGGUGCCGCAGAUGACCGAGGCGGAGAUGCGGGCCGCCGUGGCGUCGGCCGAGCGCGCGUUCCCGGGCUGGAGGAGCACCACCGUCCUGGCCCGGCAGCAGGUCAUGUUCCGGUUCGUGCAGCUGAUCCGGGACAACUGGGACCGGCUGGCGGCGAGCAUCACGCUCGAGCAGGGCAAGACGCUGGCCGACGCCAGGGGCGACGUCCUGCGCGGCCUGCAGGUGGCCGAGGCGGCCGUCGCGGCGCCCGAGCUGCUCAAGGGGGAGGUGCUCGAGGUGGCCAGGGACAUGGAGACGCGCACGUACCGCGAGCCGCUGGGCGUGGUGGCCGCCAUCUGCCCGUUUAACUUCCCUGCCAUGAUCCCCCUGUGGUGCAUCCCCAUCGCCACCGUCACCGGCAACACGCUGAUCCUCAAGCCGUCGGAGCGCGACCCCGGGGCGGCCAUGAUCCUGGCCGAGCUCGUGCGCGAGGCCGGCUUCCCGCCCGGCGUGGUCAACGUCAUCCACGGCGCCCACCCGACGGUCGACUUCAUCCUCGACGAGCCCGCCAUCCGGGCCGUCAGCUUCGUCGGCGGCAACAAGGCCGGCGAGUACAUCUUCGCCCGCGGCUCCGCCAACGGCAAGCGCGUCCAGGCCAACCUGGGCGCCAAGAACCACGCCGCCGUCCUGCCCGACUGCGACAAGAACCACUUCGUCAGCAGCGUCGUCGGCGCCGCGUUCGGCGCCGCCGGCCAGCGCUGCAUGGCCCUCAGCACCCUCGUCACCGUCGGCGCCGCCCGGCACUGGCUGCGCGACGUGGCCGCCAGCGCCGCCGGGCUCCGCGUCGACGCCGGCUUCGAGCCCGGCGCCGACCUCGGGCCCCUCAUCUCCCCGGCCAGCCGCGCCCGCGUGCUCGGCCUCAUCGACGCCGCCGAGCGCGACGGCGCCACCAUCCUGCUCGACGGCCGCCGCUACGCCAACCCCAAGUACCCGCGCGGCAACUUUGUCGGGCCCACCGUCAUCGCCGACGUCACCCCGGACAUGGCCUGCUACCGCGAGGAGAUCUUCGGCCCCGUCCUCGUGUGCCUCAGCGUCGACACCCUCGACGACGCCGUCGACCUCAUCAACCGCAACGAGUACGGCAACGGCGCCGCCAUCUUCACCCGCUCCGGGCCCGCCGCCGAGACCUUCCGCCGCAACGUCCAGGCCGGCCAGAUCGGCGUCAACGUCCCCAUCCCCGUCCCGCUGCCCAUGUUCUCCUUCACCGGGAACAAGAAGAGCGUCGCCGGCGGCGGCGCCAGCACCUUUUACGGCAGGCCCGGCAUCAACUUUUACACGCAGCUCAAGACGGUCACCACCCAGUGGCAGAGCCAGGACGCCGCGACCAAGAAGGCUGCCGUCCACAUGCCCACCCUGCAGUGA